AUGCUAUUACAUGAUAGUUUUUUCUUUAUUACACAACGGCGUAUAAAUGAAACAUAUUUUAGUCCAAUCACGAUUGCUCAUUCUCCAUUAUUUCAUUCAACAUUAACAUUAUUUAUCAAUAUAUUUGGUGCAUGUUCGAAUAUCAUUUGUAUUCUAUAUCUUUCAUCAAUUAUUUCACAAUACAAACAGCGAAAAUCAAGUGUAAAUAAAAUCGAACAACAAAAACAAUCUGUUCAUGUACUUUCACAUAAAAAAUAUAGAUUUCUAUUAAUAUUAACAAGUAACGAUUUUUUCUUAUGCUUAUCAGCUAUCAUAAGUUGUCUUGAUGAGAAAUAUUAUUUUCAAGCAUUAGUUGCUCGUUUUCAUUUAUGUUCACUUCAUAAUUUAUUAUGGAAGUUUACACUUCAUUUUAUUCCUCUAUUGACAAUAUUUAUUCUGCUUCGUUAUCAUUAUAUAUUAAAUAAAAGAUUUCCUACAAAAACUUUUACAACAACAACACUCGAUCAAUUACUUCUUACUGAUCUAUGCAUUUUAAUACCCUUUGUAAUAGCACUUGCAUGGUCUGUCGACGGUUUAUGGUUAUGGGGCGAAGCAAAUAUUCAAAAUUUUGUUAUACCAACAGCAAUUAAUAAUGAAAUAAAUCAAACAAAAGAAUCAUUCUCUACUUCACCAAUGAAUAAAACUUUUCAUCAAUCCUACGGUAAAUUAGAAGGAUACUAUGAUAACAAUGAUUAUUUGCCUGAACAACAAAUCAUUUGCUAUUUACAAACAAAUAAUAAUUUAAGUUUUACAGCCCGUCUUAUAUAUUUAAUUGAAGCUGAUUAUCUACUUUUAUUUUCAUUACAUUUUAUGGGUCUUAUUCUUGAAAUAUGUCUGCAUAUUCGUUUAUCCUGUUGUUUAACAGCAAGAAAAAUUUCACCAUCAUUUCUUCGUGAACAACAAUUAUCACUCUAUAUACUAUAUAUAUUCACUUGUUUAACAUUAACAUCACUUCCAUUUUAUUUAUAUCGUACAAUUGAAAUUAUAUUUGAUUCAAUUACAUUAUCAUACCUUAACAGUAUGAUUAAUAGUCGUACACUUGCUCAGGUCAUUUUAUCCGGUAUCAGCUGUAAACCAGUAUUAUAUUUUAUUAUAUUUUCUCCGUCGAAAUUUUUAUUUAAAUUUAAAUGUUAUACAACCAUUAAAAUUGAAAAUAUCAAUCAGUUACAAAAUAUUUUAUUGAUUAAAAACCAACAAGACAAAUAUGGACAACGUGCACCUCAUGAACGUUACUCAUUGAGAUUUACUACGUUAUAUCCAAAAGUUCAUGCUAAAUUUCGAUCAUUAUCACAUCCAGCCAUAACAAUUGAUAAUCGUCAUUCAGUCUUGGUUGGACAAAAUGAAAUUAUAUCUAAGGAUGAUUUCCCAUAG